GCCAGCCCCCAGGCCGGCCCGGCAUGAGCUCCGGGGUCGCCCUGCGGCUGCGGACACUCCAGCGACACCUGGGCUCCCCGGAGCGGGCGCAGACACAAGGCAGCAUCUCUGCCCCUCUCGUGGCCCAGGGCAGAGGUAUGGAGGCGGGCAGCAGCCCGCUGACCACACACGUACUGGACACUGCCUCAGGGCUUCCGGCCCAAGGCCUCUGCCUCCGUCUGUCCAGGCUCGAGGACCAUGGCCAGCAGUGGACCGAGCUGAGGAAAAGCUACACGGACCCUGACGGCCGCUGCCCUGGGCUCCUGCUGCCAGGCCAGAUGAAGGUGGGCACCUACAAGCUGUCCUUCGACACUGAGGGCUACUGGCAGAAGAGGGGCCAGGAGAGCUUCUACCCGUACGUGGAGGUCGUUUUCACCGUCACGAAUGAGACCCACAAGUUCCACGUGCCACUGCUGCUGAGCCCGUGGUCUUAUACCACGUACCGAGGGAGCUAG